UACUUUCUUCAGAGAAUACCCACGUAAAGUUCGCAAAUCUGAGAUUUCAGUAAUGCAGAAGCAUGUAUUCAAAACAGUUGUUUAAUUAGUUUAAUUUUAUUUAUUUUAUCACUUUUAAUUGAAAAUGUGGCUUAAGAUCUUUUUAAGUAUCUGUUUAUUCUUACAUAUUGCGAAAUGUUCAAAUACUGAAAACAGUAAGUUUUUGGGAAAUAGUUUUUAUGAAGAGGAAAGAAGAAACGGGAAGCGAAAGAAAAGACCAGGAUACUCAGGCAAUGGGGGUAACUCUCCAUGUAAUUUUGGAGGUGGCUAUAGCAGACCAAGAAGUGAAGAAUUAGGCAGAACCUUUUUCGACUUACAAUAUUUCAAUUUUGAACAAAACUACCACUACAAUAUUAACUGCGGAGGAGGCGGCAACUAUCCCGCGCAUACUCCUUCCCAAAUUAAUAAGCCUAUAUCGGAUAACUUAAGUCAAAUUGGGCAUAAACCAUUAGGAGGGCAUCAUAAGCCGAUUCUCCAUAAGCCAGGUGGUCAUGAAAAUGGGUUUGAAGGGAUAAUCGGUGGAAAUGGAGGUCAUAAACCAGGAGGAUUAGGCUCCUUUGGAGGUGGAGGGGGACAUAAGCCCCACAAGCCAUUGGGCGGAGGAAUUUUUAAUAGACCUGGAGGUAUUUUCGGAGGAAAUAAUGACAAUGAAGGUGCUAGUACUGCUCCGUAUAAUGGCCCUUUUGCGGGGAUUUUUCCUUCACCACCACAGGUGGCCAACGGGUUUUCUCAAGGCAUUCAAACUUUCAUAGGGACAAUCCCAGCUAUUGGUCAAAGCUUUCAGUCUAUAUUGCCAAAUUUCAAUGAUUUUCAGUUUUCACAGCGACCACAAUUAUUUAAUCCUGCUGGUAGUUCAAAUAAGCCUUUUAAUAAUUAUAAUCGCCCACAAGGAGGAACAAGUCCUCCAUAUGUCUCAACCACAAUUCCAACAACUACCAUUGAUCCAGGGGAUAUAAUUUAUUCAGACCAAAUUAAACCGGUACAUGAAGAUUAUGAUCCUAUUACGGAUCCAUACUUUAAAGAUCGAAGGCCUCCAAAUAACCGUUACUAUGGAAGGCAACAAGACGUAGGGACUUUCCGAAGUAGAAGCUCUGAUAUACGACAUUUUCGAUUUGCCUCAUAGUUUAUUCAUGUGUAAUAAUUUAUUAAAAUAAUUUUUUAAAUUAAUUUUUAAGUUAUACUAUUAAACGCUUUGUAAUUAA